AUGAAAUCCUUUUUCGUUGCCGCCGCUGCGCUUUGCAGCUUUGCAUCUGCAGCUCCAGCCUCGCCCUUCGCGCUGUCUCCUCCACCAGCGGGCACUCAGCUCUACUCGCUCCAGGCCAAGUCGUACGACUCCGUCUCAGGCGUGAACAACCAAUGGGUCGCGCUCAAGACCGGCGCCACAGCUUACACUCUUGCGGCUGCACAAUCCGCCGCCGCAAAGUUCUUCGUCGAUCAGUACAAGCCCACGAGCACGUAUGCGUUCCACAACGCCGACGACACGCGCCAGAUAGCGCUGCAGGGCCCAGAUGGCGUUCUUCUGUACCUCGUCGACAUCACCAACCCAAGCUCGACCAAUAUCCCGAGUGGACAGCUUAUGGAGUGGGCGACUUUCACCAUGGACUCGAACACCCUCGGUGUGAAGGACGGAAGCACGCUUACCAACCGGACAUUUGUGGCUGUGAAGGGAAGCGAUGGUGGAUAUAGUCUUGCGCUCUAUGAUGGCGCGAGCACCACGACUCAGAAUAUUACUCCGAUCACGCUCUCUAUCGUGAAGACGACGUAGGAAGUUGACUAGCGGCAGGAUGGGGCGGAUAUUAAAAAAGCUUCUAUAGAGAUUUAUUUACUUGAAGUGUCAAUAUUGGAUUCUUGAAUAACAAAUCUGCUAAGCCAAUGAUGAAUUUUUUUUCAGGGAAUAUAACCGAAACGAGGUCGCAAGGACUUGAGGAGACUUUGAUUGAAGACAUGAACUUGGAGGACAAAGUGCAACUAAUAGUCAAGGAGUGCUUUGGUGGUGAUACUCCUCCCACCAUGGUGAUUUGAUUGGAAUGGCCAUCGACGAGAAUGAUGAUUGUGAUGAUGAGCUAG